AGGAUGAGGAGGCGGAGGUCGGCGCUCGGGUCCGUCUCUGCCCGGGGCUGUGGCGGCGCCGGCAGCUCCAGCCUUAGCAGUUCUUCCCUGGGCGGUGGCGGCAGCGGCAGCGGGGGCUCCUCGGUCGACGCCUCCUCCGCCAGCUGAAGUCCCAGAACGCCGCUUUACCCCGCCACCCCCAUCCCCCGCCAUCCCCGCUCCCCGAGGCCGCCCGCCUGGCCAUGGCGCACCGGCCUGACGUUUCACUUCAGCAGCGGGUAGCCGAGUUGGAAAAAAUUAACGCAGAAUUUUUACGUGCACAGCAGCAGCUUGAACAAGAGUUUAAUCAGAAGAGAGCAAAAUUUAAGGAGUUGUAUUUGGCAAAAGAGGAGGACCUGAAGAGACAGAAUGCAGUACUGCAGGCUGCGCAGGACGACCUGGGCCACCUUCGGACACAGCUGUGGGAAGCUCAAGCUGAGAUGGAGAACAUCAAGGCCAUAGCCACCGUCUCGGAGAACACCAAGCAAGAAGCCAUCGACGAGGUGAAAAGGCAGUGGAGGGAAGAAGUGGCUUCGUUGCAGGCUGUCAUGAAAGAAACAGUUCGUGACUAUGAGCACCAGUUCCACCUUAGGCUGGAGCAAGAGCGAACGCAGUGGGCACAGUACCGCGAGACUGCAGAAAGGGAGAUAGCUGAUUUAAGAAGGAGGCUGUCUGAAGGCCAAGAGGAGGAAAAUUUAGAAAACGAAAUGAAAAAGGCCCAGGAGGAUGCUGAAAAACUUCGAUCUGUUGUGAUGCCCAUGGAGAAGGAAAUUGCUGCUUUGAAAGAUAAACUGACAGAGGCUGAGGAGAAGAUUAAGGAACUGGAGGCCUCCAAGGUGAAAGAACUGAAUCACUAUCUCGAAGCUGAGAAGUCGUGUAGGACCGAUCUAGAGAUGUAUGUAGCUGUUUUGAAUACUCAGAAGUCUGUGCUGCAGGAGGACGCUGAGAAACUGCGCAAAGAAUUGCACGAAGUUUGCCAUCUGUUGGAACAAGAGCGACAGCAACAUAACCAGUUAAAACAUACGUGGCAGAAGGCCAAUGACCAGUUUCUGGAAUCUCAGCGUUUGCUGAUGAGAGACAUGCAGCGGAUGGAGAUCGUGCUGACUUCGGAACAGCUCCGCCAAGUGGAAGAACUGAAGAAGAAAGAUCAGGAAGAUGAUGAACAGCAAAGACUUAAUAAGGGAAAGGAUCACAACAAACCAGACGCUGAAGAAGAAGUGAAAGUACCAGUAGUGUGUGCUUUAGCUCAGGAAGACCCUUCCGCGCAGUUCCCCAAUGAAGAGGAGCAUUUGGACAGCACCCAUGGGUCAGUGCACUCACUAGAUGCAGAUCUGCUCUUGCCCUCUGGAGAUCCGUUCAGUAAAUCGGACAGUGACGUAUUUAAGGAUGGACUCAGGAGAGCACAGUCUACAGACAGCUUGGGAACCUCGGGCUCUUUACAGUCCAAAGCUUUAGGCUAUAACUGCAAGGCCAAGUCUGCUGGCAACCUGGACGAGUCGGAUUUUGGACCAUUGGUGGGAGCAGAUUCAGUUUCAGAGAAUUUCGACACUGUGUCGCUCGGGUCACUGCAGAUGCCUAGUGGAUUCAUGUUAACCAAAGAUCAGGAGAGAGCGAUCAAGGCGAUGACGCCAGAGCAGGAGGAGACGGCGUCCCUCCUCUCCAGCAUUACCCAGGGCAUGGAGAGCGCGUACAUGUCCCCCAGCGGUUACCGCCUGGUCAGCGAGACGGAAUGGAAUCUCCUACAGAAAGAGGUACACAAUGCUGGAAAUAAACUUGGUAGACGCUGCGAUAUGUGCUCCAAUUAUGAAAAACAGCUACAAGGAAUUCAAAUUCAGGAGGCUGAAACGCGAGACCAGGUGAAAAAGCUGCAGGUGAUGCUGAGGCAGGCUAAUGACCAGCUGGAGAAGACGAUGAAGGACAAACAGGAGCUGGAGGAGUUCGCACGCCGGAGCAGCGAGGAGUCAGCGCAGCAGAUCUCUGCCCUCAUCCUGCGAGCCCAGGCAUCCGAGGUGUUACUGGAAGAGCUGCAGCAGGGCCUUGCCCAGGCGAAGAGGGAUGUUCGGGAGCAGAUGGCAGUGCUGGUACAGUCCCGGGAACAGGUUUCUGAAGAGCUGGUGAGGUUACAGAAGGAUAAUGAGAGCCUGCAGGGCAAGCACAGCCUGCAUGUGUCGCUGCAGCAGGCUGAAGACUCCAUCCUCCCGGACACUGCCGAGGCACUCCGGGAGCUGGUCUUAAAAUAUCGGGAAAGCAUCAUCCACGUGCGGACGGCAGCAGACCACAUGGAAGAGAAGCUAAAGGCCGAGAUACUCUUCCUGAAAGAGCAGAUUCAGGCAGAACAGUGUUUAAAAGAAAACCUUGAGGAAACACUGCAGCUGGAAAUAGAAAACUGCAAGGAGGAGAUAGCGUCCAUUUCUAGCCUGAAAGCUGAAUUAGAAAGAGUAAAAGCAGAAAAAGGGCAGUUGGAGUCCACACUGAAAGAGACGUCGCAGCAGCUCGAGAGCUCACAGGAGGCGCAGAGCAGCCUGGAGGAGCAGCUGAGGAGGGAGGCUGCCGCCAAGGCUUCGGCUGAGCAGCUCAUGUUUGAAGAGAAGAACAAGGCGCAGAGGCUGCAGACGGAGCUGGACGUCAGUGAGCAAGUCCAGAGGGAUUUUGUGAAGCUCUCGCAGACCCUGCAGGUGCAGCUGGAGCGGAUCCGGCAGGCGGACUCUGUGGAGAGGAUCCGGGCCAUUCUGAACGACACCAAACUGACAGACAUUAACCAGCUCCCCGAGACAUGACACGUGGUGGCAGGAGUCCAGCCUGCACUUUGGAUUUUUAACUCAUCUUUAGAGCAACAUUAAUUAUUAUUUAACUCUUAACUGAAGAAGUGGAAGUCACAACAAAAGGAAGACUGGAGAAAAGCUUAUUUCCAGCGGGGAGGACGGUGUGGCCGGAGCAGCAGCGAGCCAGGGCGGGCCGGCUCCUGGAGCACCCCCACCUCUAGGGUUUGGAGUUCCCGUUCCUGUUUCUGGGGACCUGGGGACACGAGGUUUGCUGUUGUCAGGAGCUCCUCAGUAACUGUGCAGCUGGCAGACGGUGUAGUGUGCUGCAGGGGUAUUUUAUAUUAAAAUAGGAAGUCUGAGAGCGGCCGCUGGCUGACUGCCCCUCCCUCCCUCGGCACAUCUGUCUCGUUUGCACCAUUUUCUCUGACAUUGGAGCACCAUCUGCUACUGAGACGUGACUGAGAACCAGCUGGCCACUGGAACAGCUGAAGAACACGGAGCUGCAGGCCUGGCUGGAGCUACACGUGCAGCCAAGUCAAGUGGACAGGAAAAGCACAAGAAGCUUCUGGAAGCACUUUUUCUGAGACCUGCUGGCCAUCCAGCCAGGCCCACAGGUACCAGGGUAGACCCAGCAGCUGGCGCCGUGUCCUCUUCCGCAGUGUUUAGCUUAGGUGUGGAUCAGUGAAGGAACUAGUGUCAGUAACCACGCUGAGGGGCAGCCAGCAACUUGCGGCCUUCUCCGAACUUGCCGACGGGCUUCAGGACUGCUUCCGAUGCAAAAAUGGUGGUAACUGGGUUUGACAAGACACCUUGUAUUUUUGUUUUACGAUUUAGACCAGAAGCUGCAGCGACCAUGCUACCAUGAUUCUGGGACAGAGGCAGUUCUGAGCUUGAGGAGUGAGCCAGCCUCUGUCGCAGAGGGCACAGGGGUGCGGCCACACUGCUGGGGCUCGGGCUGUUGGGAAUCUGUCAAGUAAGUACAUUUGGGGUUCAUUUAGAGUUGCCAUCAAAUUAGUUUAAGGUGAAAUUUGUUAUAAAAACCUUCACCUUGCCCCUACGGGAGAGCCGACAAGGACUCCUCACCCUGUCCGCUGGGUACUACUGUAGUCUUGGCUUUCACGAUUAUGAAUUUAAAAUAAAUACUAAUUAUGGAAGCAGUGCUAUAGGCCUGCCAUGCAUGAAGCGUUCUUUCCAUUGGUAUAAAGGGCCUUUGGAUGCGAGGUCAGGGCAACAUCCCAGGUUACUGGCAUUUGGAGAGCAGAAAGUAGUGCACUUCCUUAGGCUUAAGGCUCGUCCCUUGGCCCGGCCAGGCUUGCUGGGUGAGAAGUCGGGGGACGCUGGCAGCCAGGGCGGGGGACAGGUCGUGACCUCUAGGGCCGCUGCUUGAGAAACACUGCCCAAGACUCCAGUUUACCGUUAAGUCGGUUUCUGGUCUGACACAAACUACAAGGACACUAGGUAGGAAAUAAUUCUUUAAACAGGGUUUUCUGCUUCAGUGAGAUCUGAUGUAGAUGGAGCUCGGCUCAUUUGGACAGAGUAUCACAGAGUUGGGUUUUACAAAUGUUUCUGAGCUCAUUGUCUUGCGCAUUGCUAACCUGUCUGACCUGUACACUCCCCGUGGGGCAGCGACUUGGCUAUUGCUCUCAGAGCUCACAGUGGCUAUGAGAAGAUGACAGAGCCGCGUCCAUGGCCUGCCACGCUGUGUCCCUGUGAGGUGCUGAACUCGCACGCUCUCGGUACCCCCGGGGCAGGGUGGAGCCGGGCUCAGACAGGUGGCAGCCGCGCCCUCGGGCUCAGAGCCCACUGCAGAUGCGGACUGAAGAUCCCAAAGUGUUCCAAUUAAAAGCUGCUGCCCAGUGCA